AUGAUGCACGGCGGCAGCAGCAGCAGUAGUACUAGCAGCAGUAGCAGCUUCAGCUCGACCACGGGAGAAGAUGCACUCGCGAAUUUCGGGCACAAACGUUCAACCGAUCCGGUGUACUCCAGCGCGCUCGCGUUCGUCAUCGACGCCCGGUUGGUAGGUUCGUCUGGGUUUUACAUCGAUAACGGCGUUGAUCAAACCGUCCGGCAGAAAAGCGUCGAAUUGGCCGAACGACAAGAGAUCGAGCAUGAAAUACUGGAUCUACUUGGGCUUCCCGAUCGUCCCAACAAGCAGCACGUUCAUCCAUCAUUAAGAAAAUCAGCUCCCCAGUUCCUGCUCAACAUCUACCAUAAGUUUACAGAGGAAUCGAACGGUGGAGGUCGAUCCGGUCGUCGGAAGCGGUUUGCCGAUGGCAGCAAUCUGUUCACAAUCGCAGACGAGCGAGCCAUCGGGGAGAGUGAUGUGAUCAUGUCGUUCCUGAACAAGGCAAACCGUCACCUACCGAAGAUCCGCCAUCAUCGGGGUGGUCAUCGACUGUGGUUUGACACGGCGGAGCUUGGAGCCGAUCCAAGUCAGCAACUGCUGUACGCGAGCCUGCGAGUGUACAAAAAUCGGACCACCGGUCGUCCCUGGGAGGCUCUUGUCCGUGGCCGGCAGGUCGUAGUACGGGCUUCCCUCAUUGGAGGGUACGAUGCGAUUCGGGACAGCCAACAUCUUGAACUCAUCGCCGAACAAGCAGUUCCCUACGGGUACGAAGGCUGGGUAGAGUUAAACGCCACCCAGGCCAUGCAACGGUGGAUCGUCGAGCGAAUACCCAACAAAGGCGUGUUCGUGGAGGCGUACUAUGCAGAGAGUCCUCGCAAAGCGACCUUCCCGCACGAGGUUGGGUUGGUCCUGUCGAACCGAUAUGGUCGCUACCAGCCCUUCCUUGUGGGCUAUUGCAAAGGACCUGAACUUCUGCAUCCAGCAGGAACAACCGAAGUUGCGUCUAGUCGUUCCAAGCGCAGCAUCAAGCGGAGUAAGCCCAGCACCGGCAGACGAACGGAUCGCGUACGAAAUCCGUUCCUGGAGCGAUUCGGUGGAGGUCCCGGCCAGCAGAAGAGCUGUCAGAUUCAGACGUUGUACGUGAGCUUUCGGGAUCUAAAUUGGCAGGAUUGGAUCAUCGCCCCGGACGGGUUUGGGGCGUUCUUCUGCUACGGCGAGUGUAAUUUUCCGCUUAACACGCACAUGAACGCGACGAACCACGCGCUCAUCCAGACGUUGGUACACCUGAUGCAUCCGACACGUGUCCCAAAGCCAUGCUGCGCCCCAACCAAGCUCAACCCCAUCUCGGUGCUGUAUCACAUCGAUGACGCCAAUAUCAACCUGAAAAAGUACAAGAACAUGGUCGUAAAGAGCUGCGGGUGUCUGUAG